AUGACUGAUUCUUCUUCAGUAUCAUCUUCUCCCUCUGAUCCUUCUUCUGAUUCCUCCAGUCCUUACUAUCUUCACCAUGGAGAUAGUCCAGAAUCCAUUCUUGUUACUCAAGUUCUCAUUGGUGACAAUUACCAUACAUGGCGUAGAUCCAUGCUAAUGGCCCUCACUGCCAAGAACAAAGUUGGUUUCGUUGAUGGCUCUAUUGCCAAACCAGUAGAGAUUGCUGCUAGUGUCAUAUAUGUCGAAUCUGCCAAGAAAGUUUGGUCUGAUCUUCAAGAACGUUUCUCUCAAGGAAAUGGUCCUCGGAUCUUUCAACUACAGAAGUCUAUUGCUUCUCUUAUGCAGAAUGAUCUCUCUGUUAGUGCAUAUUUCACUCAAAUGAAAGGUUUAUGGGAUGAAUUGAUGAACUAUAGACCCUUACCUGUAUGUUCAUGUGGAGGUCUGCGUACAUUGAUGGCCAUGCAUCAGCAAGACUAUGUUAUGCGUUUCUUGAUUGGGCUGAAUGACUCAUUCUCUCAAGUGCGUGGUCAAAUCCUUUUGAUUGAUCCACUUCCUCCUAUGAACAAGGUUUUCUCUCUUGUUCUUCAAGAAGAGCGCCAGAGAGACAUUGGAUCACCUCUUAUCUCUCACAUUCCAUCUGCUGCACUCUCAUUAACAGCAAAACAGGCUCAUCAGAUUAAACCCUCCACUCGCAAAGAUAGACCUAUUUGCUCCCAUUGCUCUGUUCCUGGGCAUACCAUUGAAAAAUGCUUCAAGUUACACGGAUAUCCUCCUGGAUAUCGCUCCAAAGGAAAAUAUUCCACUCCAUCAUCUUCAGCUCAUUAA